CACCCGCCCGCCCGCCCGCGGCAGGGGAACCAAGGGGUCUGGGGAGGAAGCAGCUCCCCGCUGCGUUGUUUUGGGCUCCGAGGGCCGAAAGAGGGAGGGAGGAAGGGCGAGAAACAAACACUACGUAGCGGAGGCUGCGCGCGGCCCUCUGCCUGCGUGCCUACGUGCGUGCGCUCGCUCGCGCGGGCUCAGUGCUGGCGCGUGAGGCGGAGGCGGGCGGCGGCAGCGCCUGCGCGGUCGGGCUCGGUCGAAGGUUCGCAGGGGAGGAGGCGGCGGGAGGCGGAGGAGGCGGCGGCGGCGAUGGAGGUGAAGCGGCUGAAAGUGACCGAGCUGCGGUCGGAGCUGCAGCGGCGCGGCCUGGACUCGCGCGGCCUCAAGGUGGAUCUGGCGCAGCGGCUGCAGGAGGCGCUGGACGCCGAGAUGCUCGAGGACGAGGCCGGCGGUGGCGGGGCCGGGCCCGGCGGGGCCUGCAAGGCGGAGCCUCGGCCUGUGGCCGCGUCGGGCGGCGGCCCGGGCGGGGACGAGGAGGAGGACGAAGAGGAGGAGGAGGAGGAGGACGAGGAGGCGCUGCUUGAGGACGAAGACGAAGAGCCACCCCCUGCCCAGGCCUCGGGCCAGGCCGCACAGCCGCCGCCGGAGCCCCCGGAGGCGGCAGCCGUGGAGGCCGCGGCCGAGCCCGAUGCUUCCGAGAAACCGGCGGAGGAGGCCACAGCCGAGUCAGGUGGGGUGAACGGUGGCGAAGAGCAGGGCACCGGCAAGGGGGAGGAAGAUGAGCCGGAGGAUCGGAGCGGAGACGAGACGCCGGGAUCUGAGGCGCCGGGUGACAAGGCCGCAGAGGAACAGGGAGAUGACCAAGAUAGUGAAAAGUCAAAACCAGCAGGCUCAGAUGGUGAGCGGCGGGGGGUAAAGAGACAGCGGGAUGAGAAGGAUGAACAUGGCCGAGCUUACUAUGAAUUCCGAGAGGAGGCUUACCACAGCCGUUCAAAGUCUCCACCACCCCCGGAAGAAGAGGCAAAAGAUGAGGAAGAGGAUCAGACUCUUGUGAACCUGGACACGUAUACCUCGGAUCUCCAUUUUCAAGUGAGCAAAGACCGCUAUGGAGGGCAGCCACUUUUCUCAGAGAAGUUCCCCACCCUUUGGUCUGGGGCAAGAAGUACUUACGGAGUGACAAAGGGGAAAGUCUGCUUUGAGGCCAAGGUAACCCAGAAUCUCCCAAUGAAAGAAGGCUGCACAGAGGUUUCUCUCCUUCGAGUUGGAUGGUCUGUUGAUUUUUCCCAUCCACAGCUUGGUGAGGAUGAAUUCUCUUAUGGUUUCGAUGGACGAGGACUCAAGGCAGAGAAUGGGCAGUUUGAGGAAUUCGGCCAGACUUUUGGGGAGAAUGAUGUCAUUGGCUGCUUUGCUAAUUUUGAGGCUGAAGAAGUAGAACUUUCCUUUUCCAAGAAUGGAGAAGACCUUGGUGUGGCAUUCCGUAUCAACAAGGAAUCCCUGGCUGACCGGGCCCUCCUACCCCAUGUCCUCUGCAAAAAUUGUGUUGUAGAAUUAAAUUUUGGUCAGAAGGAGGAGCCCUUCUUCCCACCGCCAGAAGAGUUUGUGUUCAUUCAUGCCGUGCCUGUGGAGGAGCGCGUGCGCACUGCGGUCCCUCCCAAGACCAUAGAGGAGUGUGAGGUGAUCCUGAUGGUGGGACUGCCUGGAUCUGGAAAGACCCAGUGGGCACUGAAAUACGCAAAAGAAAACCCUGAGAAAAGAUACAAUGUCCUGGGAGCUGAGACUGUGCUCAAUCAAAUGAGGAUGAAGGGGCUCGAGGAGCCACAGAUGGACCCCAAAAGCCGAGACCUUUUAGUUCAGCAAGCCUCCCAGUGCCUUAGUAAGCUGGUCCAGAUUGCUUCCCGGACAAAGAGGAACUUCAUUCUUGAUCAGUGUAACGUGUACAACUCUGGCCAACGGCGGAAGCUAUUGCUGUUUAAGACUUUCUCUCGGAAAGUGGUGGUGGUCGUCCCUAACGAGGAGGACUGGAAGAAGAGGCUGGAGCUGAGGAAGGAAGUGGAGGGAGAUGAUGUGCCUGAGUCUAUAAUGCUGGAGAUGAAAGCCAACUUCUCUCUGCCUGAAAAAUGCGACUAUAUGGAUGAGGUGACAUACGGGGAGCUGGAGAAGGAGGAAGCUCAGCCCAUUGUCACUAAGUACAAGGAGGAGGCAAGGAAGCUGCUGCCCCCCUCCGAGAAGCGGACAAACCGCCGAAACAAUCGAAACAAGCGAAACCGGCAGAACCGAAGCAGAGGCCAAGGCUACGUGGGCGGGCAGCGCCGAGGCUACGACAACCGGGCCUACGGGCAGCAGUACUGGGGGCAGUCUGGAAACAGAGGGGGUUACCGUAAUUUCUACGAUCGAUACAGGGGAGACUACGAUCGGUUCUAUGGGCGAGAUUAUGAGUACAACAGAUACAGAGACUAUUACAGACAAUACAGUCGGGAUUGGCAGAAUUACUACUACCACCAUCCCCAGGACAGAGACCGAUACUACAGGAACUACUACGGUUACCAAGGGUAUCGGUGAAGCCCCUGCCAUUGUCGCCUGUCAGCCAUGAAGCUGAAUCUCUGGGGGUGCCAAGCACCCCCCAAAACACAACCAAGGAAAACAGGGGCUGCCGGGGUGGGGCUGAGCUGCCGGGGAGGGGCGGUGGGGGGAGGGUGCGCAAGCAGGGGGGGAGGGGGUGGAAACAAACAACAAAACUGUACAUUUUUUUUUAAAGUUUGUUGAAAAGAAUAUUGUCUUAUUCUAUAAAACAUUUCAAACCUAGUUAGAUAUUUGUAAUCAAAAAAACAUUUGCUCAGAAAGCAGCAUUUAGGGCUGCCUGUCCUAUACCCUGCAGUCAGACAGGACGAGAACUGAAAAUGUCACCCUUCUGACAUUCUAAGGCAGCUGGACUGGCAGCCGAGUAAGGGAGAGUGAUGGCGAGGUAGUGCGGAGAGGGUGGGGAGGCGUGUGAGGGCACUCUCCAUAGCAGGCAGGAGCGGGGACAGAGGGAGAGCUUGUGACUGGGGCAGUGAAAAUAAACGAUCAGCUCUUAUCAAUCA